UUCAUACUCCUCAUAAUUCUAUAGCGGUCAACUACCCACUUUCUCAUGGAUCCAAUAGUCAACCAGGGGUGGACCUCAUCCGAGGUAGAGGAGGCAUGCUCACUCAUUGCUAGGCUCAAUACCAACAAAAUCUUGUAUGACAGUAACGAUGACAAGAACAAGAAGCACAACUACAUCGUGAAUUCUCUCCAUGCAUUGUUCCCUUCAAAGACCAUGAAACAUGUAACAGAUCUUUAUAUUGAUCUCGCCGUGGAAAUGCAUAUGACCCAAUGGAGGGAGGGGACCCAUGUUACUAGUGGUAGCCCGCAAAACAUUUUCACCUUUUUUGACCCUGUCAACGGUAACUAUGAGCUACCAAUGGAGGAGAAUGGUGCUAGCAGCACACACGGUAUCUACACCAUGGGCGACCAUGCAAAUGAAAACUUCGGUGUACGAGAGGAAGCAACAAUCAUCGACAAUAAUGGAUUGUCCUUUGGUUGUCCUAUGGAGAAUAGGGGGAUCACGGUGAUGGGUGAGGCACCGCUGAUGGCAGACAAUAACAAGAUGGAGGUGUUGGAGAACAAUAUUUCCAUAGACCAACCAGUUGUUGCCGCACAUCAAUGGGGUUUUUGGACUGACGAGGAACACAGACUGGAGGAUACAAGAAUCCGGAAGACGGAGGAGGCUCCGAUGAUGGUAGACAAGAACAAGAUGGUGGUCUUGGAGAACAAUACUUCCGUUGAUCGACCAGCUGUUGCCGCACAUCAACGAAAGUUUUGGACCAAAGUGGAACAUAAGUCAUUUCUUUAUGGGCUGGAAGUCUAUGGCCGUGGCGACUGGAAAAACAUAUCCAAGCACUUCGUCACCACUAAGACCCCUGUCCAAGUUUCAAGCCAUGCACAAAAGUUUUUCAAGAGAAUACAGAAAAAGGCAUCGCCAGGGACAAAGCGUUACAGCAUCAAUGAUGUCAGGCUCCAUGACAAUGAGCUAUUGGCAGCAAAUAAUAGUUCUGUCACCCGGCAAGCCCUUUCUUUCACCGGCCUCAACAAUGACCCAAGCUUUAAGUUGCAGGCUCCGACGAGCUCGUCAACAGUCAUGAACAACCAAGCUCAGUGCUCCCCUUCCAUAUAUAAUCAACAAGUGGGUCAUCAGCCAAUGUGGAGUGAGCAGCAGAUGAUGGGUUCUGUUGCAGCUGUUAUGGACGGGGUAGGAAACUAUGUGCCAGAUGGCCAACAAGGGUCAGCUAAUUUUUAUCUUGGCAAUGUAUGAACAAGAUGUAGUAGAUCGUAGGCUUGGGCCAUGUUUGGAAUACUAGCCAGGCAUGUGUCCAUGAAUAAACGGACUGUCCUCCUAAAGAUGGCAACAAGACAUUAUGGCCGGCAUGUGUGUUUAAUAAGUGAAUAAAUAGUUCUGUUUCCAUAUAUAAAAAGUAU